CAAAUUAAAAAUUUCACCAAUACGUUGGACAGAGAGUCACGGACAGAGAUCUUCCCAGUAUGUGUGUGUAAAGUGUAAACAAUUAAACAUCAAUAACAAAGAUUCUCUCAUUCUCAACCCUUCCACUGGCAAAGACCUUCACUACUGUUUUCUCAUCUUCUUCGAUUUCUUGGAAAUACCUACUACUGCUUUCUUUUUUUUCCUUCGAAUAACAAAGUGGGUGCUCAUUUUCAAUCGAUCCAGAUUGGUUCAUGCAAACUAGCUUCUGGGUUGUUGAAUUCAGGUCUUGAAUUGGUGGUGCAAGUGUUUGAGAUUUCUGUGAUUGAUGAAAGGCAGUGUUGAAUUAGCUGAAAAUGAGCCGGUCUCCGUCAUUUUCGGGGAAGCUGGACCCCCAUUCAAAGAUUGACACAAAUUCUUUGCGGCGAUGGGUUGUUGCCUUUUGCAUCAUUAGGUUUGAUCUUGAACAGGGUCAACUCAUUGAAGAGUGUUACCCUUCUGGCUGUCUUACCCAUCAAGAGGAUCGUGAAAUUGCUUUUAGUUCGUUCCCAGAUUCUGUUUCCCAGCACCAUAAUCGCUCAAGUAUACAUGAUUGCAUCUUCUUUUUCCGGUUGAAAAAGCGGGAAAUUUCUCAAGUGGCAAAUGUGUCUCCGUCUGAAGUAGUUAAAUCAGAUGAUAAAAAAGUAUCCCCAAAGUCAGUGACUGACAAGUCACUACAAAAAAAGAGUGGCAGUCAGAAUGGUAACAGUUCAAGGUACUUGUAUGGUUUUGUGUUUAAUAGGCAGAGGCAUGAUGAGAGGCUAAAGCGGGGUGGCGAACAAAAAUCUGUGGUAAUUCUGUCUCACAGUCCUUUUUCUAGUGUGUUUAAACGUUUGUUACAAAUCAUGGGUCCUUUGUAUUUUGACAUUGGAAAUAAAGCUCUCGAGCACAUAGCUGGUUUUGUUUCAAUGUGGCCUGCUCCCCUGCCUGGUAAGCGGAUGAAGCUUCCCUUUGGGAGUGUUAAGCUUGAAGUGGACUUGCCACCUGCUCAUAGCUUGCCUUUGGAUAGUGGAGUGUUGUUUGAAGAGUCCGCUUCCUCUAUGGCUCCUUUUCUUCCUAGCAGUCAGUCAGUUCCACAGGGUCUUUUCCAUGAUUCAGAUCUUUUUGGUACAUUUCGGGGGCUUUUGUUGCAGCUCUGGUUGUUAUGGGAGUUGUUACUUCUUGGUGAACCCAUCCUUAUCAUAGCGCCAACGCCUCCCCAGUGUUGUGAGGCAGUUGCUAGUCUUGUUAGUUUGGUUGCACCACUCCUUUAUAGUGUUGAUUUCAGGCCUUACUUCACCAUCCAUGACCCAGAAUUUGCCCAUUUAAACUCAUUUCGAGAAGGGGAUAUAUUUCCUCCGAUGGUUCUAGGCGUGACGAACCUCUAUUUCUUAAAAUCUCUUACCAAUAUUCCUCACGUUGUUUCAGUUGGAAGCCCAGCUCCUAAUUCAAACCAGCUUGCCCUAGCUCCAAGGGCAUCCACUAGUAGAACUUCUGUCAGAUCUGAUGGAUUUGGUCCUCGUGGUCUUUCCUUUAAGAAGUUUUCUCCUUCAAAUUUGCUGAAUGCCAUGAAGUUGAUGAGAGAUGGUCCUCUUUGUCUCAUGAAAGAACACAAGGAAGCGAUUUGGAGCAGUUAUGCUGCAAUUACGAAGCCAGACACUUCUAUCUUAAGCAGGCUUAUUGAUGCGGGCAUAUUGCCAAGGGUUGAGGAGUCUAUGUCAGUUGUUAACAACGAGAUAUUACGUCGGCAUUUUUUGGAGCUUACUACUAACUUUUUGGCACCUUUUGGUCCGUAUUUUAGAGCUACCACACCUUCUGAAGGAUCUUCUCUAUAUGUUGAUCCUCCCCCUCUUCCUUCUUUCAGCGCUGAUGAAUUCCUAGGAAGCUUAUCAGCAAGAGGUCCAGGGAAGUUUCUAUCAAAGCGAAUGAGAUCGAACUGGCUGGACCUAUACAGGCGGUUCUUGAAAGGACACAACUUUCUGCCAUGGUUUCAAAGAAAGCGUGCAGUUGCUGAACAGGAGCAACAUAGAUUAUGGAGGCAAGCAAUAAUGAAGGCUGAUAUACAACAAUUUCUGUCUAAAACUUCUGAAUUGGAAAAUAUUGAGCCCUUCAAUACAAUUGAGAGACAUCUUGGAGAAAUGCAGUCUGAGAGUGCUGAAGCAGUCUCUGCAGCAACUUGCCAGAAACUGAAGGGAGAUCUACAGGCGGUGUUCAAUGUUCUUCCUAAGGACACGCAGCAGCUUCUUCUCAUGAACCCUCAGAGGGCAACUCUUCUGCUGGGAAGUUCUGAAAGGACAUAACCUCCAGAGUGUCCUUGGUGGAAGUUGGCUUCUUUUAUUCCCCUUCAUCUAGAAAAUAUUAAAAGUGUGACUAGGUAUUAGGUGGGCUCUGGCAAAGAGGGACUUCAAGUGCUGCUAUAGACAUGAAUGACAUCCCAACUUUUUGCAUUUUCAUACAUUGUUCAGUCAUCAGAUCGGGGGAACUUCAUUGAUCUUAGGGCAUACUUCUUUUUUUGGUUUAGAGGCAAAAUUGAAUUGCAACUCCCAUAAGCACCCCCUUAGCAACAUUCUUUUUUUCACAUUUCAACCUAUUAUGGGUCAAAAGAACAAUCUGGAAAAGAUGAUUGACAACUCAUGGGAGGUUGGUGUCUGCCUUUAUAAUGGAAGUUGAAGAUUCAUGUUGUUUAAAUUCUAGAGGAAAGCUUCAAAACUCAAGAGUAAAGCUCCCAGUUGUUGGGUUACAUUUCAACUUUGUAUUUUUUAUUUUUAGCAGUGGGUUCAACUUUCAUUUUUCUGGUGGAGUAACUGAAACAUCAUCCAGAGUAGGUAUGAGAAAGGAUUUUGUUGUGGCACAAGUGGCACGGCUAGAACCAAAUUUUGGGAAGAAAAGCAACCAACGGGGAAAACAUUUUUCUAAGCAAUACAUUUUAAGUGACGUGCCUCACGAGGCUGUGCUAUGCAGUUUGCUUGGACUCCCUGCCAAGAUGAUUCAUGAGAAAAUUAGGUAAAAGCUGCUUUUUGAAGAUGUUGAAUGGUACUUAAAUGUUGGCAUAUUUGUUACAUUUUUUAGCUAUUGCAAUUCUUUGAAUUACAAUCAGAAUUAUGAAUUUUGGUUGAAAUAAUCCUUGUAUUUCAUAGGAAAGACUAAGCAGUGCUACCAUUAAGUGUAAUUGAUACCUGGUAGCUAGGAUUAGAAUCACAGAAGAUGUUCAGUAACACUGUAGAAGUUAUGAAAUUUAUUCUUCCUAGAA